AUCUUGUGCAUGACGAUUGACCCUAACUGGUAUUUAUACGAACGUUUCAAAAAGCCAAAAUCAAACCUAUUCGCACUUCGCGCUCUCUUUUCAAUAUCACACUUUCGCUCUUCUCUUCCGCUAGAUAUCAUUCCGCCAUGUCUCAACAGCAACAACAACACCGCGUAGAUCCAAAAAUCUGGAAGGCAUGCGCCGGAGAUUCCUUCACCGUUCCGAAACUUCAUUCCAAAGUAUACUAUUUCCCUCAAGGUCAUUUACAACAUGUCUGCCCCAACACUCCUAACACUCAAACACUCGAUGGUUGCAAUCCGAUGAUUCUCUGCACAGUUUCUGCCGUCGAUCUACUUGCAGAUCCUGAAACUCAUCAAGUUUUUGCAAAAUUACUUCUCACUCCCGUAAUUGACAGAAGCGUUGUUCCUGUUGGUGCUAGCAACGAAGAGGAUGGUGAUCAGAUUGUUUCCUAUGCUAAGACUCUAACCAAAUCUGAUGUUAAAAGCAGAGGUGUACUCUACCUACCUGUGGCCUGCGCCGACUCGAUCUUCCCAGAGCUCCCGCCGCUUGACUCUAGAAACCAAUCGCCGUCUCAAGAUCUCUUCCUCACCGACGUUGGUGGUGUAGUCUGGAAAUUUCGCCACGUCUUCCGUGGGUCUACCUUUCGACACCUGUUCACUACUGGCUGGAGUGGAUUUGUUGGUGAGAAGAAACUCGUGGACGGCGAUAAUGUUGUUUUCGUUAUAAACUCCACUGGACGUAUCUCUAUUGGAAUUCGCAGGAAAACGAAGCCGGCUUCCGCUGCCAAAAUGAUGGAAAAGGAAGUUAACACGGCAGUAGAAUUGGCAAAGAAGAACGCAGCGUUUGAGGUUAUGUACUAUCCGACGGUUGGUGAAUUUGAUUUUGUGGUGGGAGCUAAGACUGUGGAGGAUGCAAUGAUGUUUAAUUGGAGUUGUGGGAUGAGAGUUACACACACGGAGAAGAAUGACGAUACUCCAAAGGGAUGUUCUAUUUUUCAUGGGACAAUAAAUAAUCUCUCCCCUCCUUCAACUCGUCCAUGGCGCAUGCUUCAGAUUGAAUGGGAUGAACCUCAAGUCCCUGAAAAACUAAAGCAAUUAAGUCCUUGGCAGGUUGAACUUAGUGAUUCUAAGACACCUGUAUCAGAUAUGCAGUUCCCUCCAACAAAAAAGUUGAGAGGUGCUCAAGGUUAUGUCUUAUCAAGUGGGCAAAACAUUAGCAAUCCCCACACCUAUAUCUCUAGUAUUUUGAACUCCUUUAAAACAAAGAAUGCUAAGAAUGCUGAUAUCGACAAUUCCAACACCAAGAAUAUUAAUUCUGGUUCAAUAAUGUUAUUUGGUCAGAGGAUACAACCUAUUGAAAGUGAGUUGUAUAAUUCUGAUAUCAAAGAAGACGACAGUUGUAAGUGGAACAAUGAAGUUGAAGAGAAAACUUGUACAAAAGUAGUUCAAUAUGCUUUUACAAAAUAACUAUGCAGAUAACAAAAUCUGCAUGUACAUUCAUUCAA